GCAGACUCUUCGGUUAGUUCGGUGAUCGAUGUGUCACGUGAAUGGUACGAGGACAUACGAGGAGUCUCUCAUGUGAUUCUUUCGUUAUCUGUAAAUAGCUCGUACACGACCGCGGUUACUGGCUACGCAUUCGUCUUCACAACUUCUUAGAGGAACGUGAUCGAGAUAGAGAAAAAAAUGGGCGCAGCUGUUAUACCUGUAAUAGCCUUCACGAUCCUCUGGGGUGCAGUGUUUUUCGUGGGAAUAGCGCUACCACUUUUCGUUCCAAAAGGACCAAACCGCGGGAUACUGCAGGUUCUACUGGUGUUAACAGGAUUUACAUGUUGGUUAUUCUGGCUGUGUUGCUAUAUGGCACAGAUGAAUCCAUUGAUUGGGCCAAAGUUAGAAAAUACAACCAUAUUAGUUAUGUCUCGAGAAUGGAGUGGCAGAAUUCCCCAAUAAUGAAUAUUCCACACAAUGGUGAAAUUUUUUAUUUCAAAUCCAUGCAUCCAUUCCUCAAAAUAUUAUUUUCAAUGAAAAUGUGUAAUUAUAUAAGUGUAAAAUUUUGAAGAUAAAACAAACGCCAGUACAUAUUAAUUCCUCUAAAACGAAAGGAAUGAUAUUAUAAUUCAGUUAUAAUAUAUAUAUAUAUACAUAUACAUAUACAUAUACAUAUAUAUGUGUAUAUAUACAUACACACACAUAUAUAUAUAUAUAGCGAUAAUUUAAUUUGUAUAUAAAAUAUUUAUCGUAAUUGCUUAGAAAUAUAUAAGAAUUUUAAUGUAAUGAUUAACUGAAGAAAAUUACUGUUGGGAAAAUAAAAUAAUGUUUUAAGUGCA